AUGCUAAUAGAGAAUUCUUUGCAGAAGAUUCCAAACAGGUUCACUAGGGAAUAUGGAGGUAAUCUGUCAAACGCAGUGUUUCUCAAGCCUCCGGAUGGCAUUAAAUGGGGAAUUUAUUGGACUAAACAUGAUGCUGAUAUUUGGUUUCAAAAGGGUUGGAAGGAAUUUGCUACAUAUUACUCCCUAAGUCACGGACAUGUGUUGUUUAAAUACCAAGAAACAUGUCAUUUGAAGGUACACAUAUUUGACCGGAGUUCCCUUGAAGUAAGUUAUCCCUUCUGCGGCACUCAAAUUGAACAUGACAACCUUGAUUAUGUUAGCAAUGACUCUGUUGAGGUUUUGGAUAACUCUGUUAAUGUUUUGGAUGAGGUGGCUCCAAGAUCUCCUACUCCUACCUUAGAGGAGUUGGCUACAAAAAUGGCAGAAAUUCUGAACCAGGUUUCAGCCCCACCUCAAUCCCAUGCUGAUCAUCCUGUUGCCCCGAUUGGCAUUAGACUAGAUGGCAGUAAUUAUGCCCUCUAG